AUGAACAUUGAUAAAAAAAUUUAUAUCAUUGAAUAAUUGAUUUAGGAAGCCCAUUCAGAUCUGAAAGUCUUGCUACUUAAUGAAACCUUUACUAAAUAUAUUGAAGCAUCUGAUAUGAUGGCAAUUGAAUUUUUGUGUUAGAAUGCAAGGCAAUUAUUAUAGAUCCUAUUUGUAAAUUAUGACGAAAUUCAACCAAUACAAUAUGAUACUUAUUCAAUACUUAUGACAAAGGUGUGGGAUAUCAUUGAACUUAAUAUAGAAGAAAUUAUAUAGUAGAUUGAAGUAUGUUAGUGACUUUAAAUUUUUAGGUUCAUUUUAAUCACUUAUUUGAGAUAUUAACAUAUACAUUUAUACCAGAUGUUCAAUGGGCUUAGGCAUUUAAGAUUCUUCAAUUAAUUUAAAAAAGAUCCUAAAUAUUGAUAACAGAAUCAUUAAAUGCCAAUAAUUAAUUACUUUAGAAUUUCUUACCAUAUAUAUAUAAUAAUAGUGUUGCUUAGGUAUUGUUGAUAUAUUUUGAAAAUUAAUUUCAUCAAUAGUAAUUAGAAAUUUUGUAGAUUGGAAUAUAAUAAUACUCCAAAUUUGAUUACAGUUCAGCUAUCAAUUUUACUUAUUUAAUUCACGAGAUAAUGGUUAGAAUACAGACUAAAGAAUUAAUGCCAUAUUUACUUUCUAGUUAAGUGCUGCUGAUAGUAAAUGAUGUUUUAUCAUAAGAGACAUUUCAUUUUAUGUAUUGAGUAUAAAAUAUAAAGAGUUCGUAAGAAUGCAGCCCAUAUUAUUUCGCUGAUUUCAAAUUAUUACUCUUUGGAUUUACAAAACUUAUAUUUGGAUGAGCCUUAUAAUUAGCCAAUUACAGAAGAAUUCAGGAAAACAGAGUUCUUUAAAUAUUUCAAUAUUAUAAGUAUCAAAAAUAUCUUAGAAAAAACACUUACAAGAAGUUGCAAGGUAGGCUUGUUAGAUGUAAAAUUGAUUGAAGUAUUACAUUUAUUAUUAAAUAUUAGAUUAUUGAUAAUAUAGUGAGAAUAUCAGACAUUGAAUUAUGGCAAAGAGUUGAUUAAUCUAAUGUGAUGGAAAUCAUAAUAAAUUUAGUUAAGAAGAAUAAUCACUCAGAUAUUUUUAUUUAAUAUGUUUACAAUAUGAUUGCCUUUAUUUUGGAUAGGGCUUUGAAUGAUUUUCAUCCCUUUUGGUGUCUCUAACUAUUAACUAAAAAUAAAUUACAGACUUAAUAAAUAAAAAGAAUAGACCGAUAAUUAUUUGCUUUUGAAUAAUAGCUAUAAAUUAAACUUAUAAGAGAUAGUGAUUUCUUACCAUAUUAUAAUGAGUUGAAAUCAAUUGAAUCUACAUUAAAAAGGUCUUAAGUUUGGAAGGUAAUCAAAGAAUAAAUUGAAAUACAUGAGGACAAGCACAAAUUUAAGUUAGGUGAAGAUUAAGAAACUCCUCAGAUUGAUACCCCAUUUAUUAUCUCUGCAAUCUAAGAAGAUGAACCUGAUGAGAUUAUUGAGCCUCAAAAUAAUAUCUUUAUAGAUUGCUUUAAUAAGUAAUCACCUAUGGAUAGUCUUAAUAAUAAUGAUGAUUCUGAUGAUGAAAAUAAAGUGGUUGGUACUUUCUAAGGCAUGGAUACUUUAAAUAAGUUGAAAAAUGUGUUUGAGUAAAUGGAUUUAUAGGAUCAGGAUGCACUGGAUGAUAAUUAGAAAGGAAUUAAGAUUAGAAAUUUAUCAAACUCAUUGAAUACAGAAACAUAACAUUUUAAAUAAAAGCAUCAUUAGAGAUGUCUUGAGGGUGAUAAUCAGUUGUCAAGAUUAUCAAUGAGUACAUCAACUCAUCUUAAAAAAUUAAAUGUAAAUUUCGAACAAUUCACAAUUGAAAUUGUUGAGAAUAAAAAAGUUUUGAAGAACAAAAUAAUAAUGAAGGUCGACGAGAUUGAUAAUAUCAUUAAUUAAGAGCAAAUUUGA